CAAGAAGAAGAAGAAGAAGCAGUUGCACGCGGCGCGUGGUUAUGACGUAUGCGGAAGUAAACAAAGCGCGUACUGUUUGUUCGCCUUGAGAUCUUCAUUCAUGUGCAAUAAUAUAUUUCAAUUUCUAACACGUCUGUAAUUCAGACAUGAACGGCCAAGCCGAAUUAGAUGUGGACUACAAGCGGAAAUACAAAAACCUAAAGCGUAAAUUAAAAUUUUUGGUGUAUGAGCAAGAAUGUUUUCAAGAGGAGCUGAGAAGAGCACAGAGAAAGCUCCUGAAGGUCUCCAGAGAUAAAAGUUUCCUGCUGGAAAGAUUGUUACAGUAUGAGCGGGUGGAUGAAGACUCGUCCGACUCGGAUGCCACAGCCUCCUCAGACAGCGAGGGAGAGGCUCCAAGAGAAAGGGAAAGGGAACCAGGAAAGAAGAGGAGAAGUCCCGGAGGUCCGUCCCUCGCGUCAUCCUCGUCCCCACAGCUUUCUCUCCUCUCUCGCCCCGGAGCGAGCGCUCUCCAGGCUUCAGCACCUUCUCAGUAUCUCAACGCGUUACCCUUCCCUCCUGACUAUUUGGCUCCCUCUGCUGAGCGAGUGAGGAAAGAGAGAAAACCAAAACCACCAAAACAGAGAAAAGAGUCUGCAGGAAAGGUGGUACCUCCAUUAGCAUCGAACUACCCAGCAGGCAGUGCACCGGGUGCGGGUUCGUCUGGGCCGUUCAGCUGGGUCCCGCGGCAGAUGCUGAGCGGAGACACCGCGGAGGAGGAAGGAGAGAGUGAUGGAGAAAGCGAUGGAGGAGAGGAGGAGAGAGGAGAGGGAGAGGAAGCAGAGCUAGUCAUUGACAUUCCUAAUGAGUGAAGGUGAAGUGGACAAAGACUCUAGUGUUUCUUUAAUAUCAGUGAAGAGAAACCUCAAGGAAACGCCGUUUAUCCAGCUGUUUUUUUGUUUUUUGUUUUUUUGCUAUAGUCAUGCUGCAAUUGUUUCCUCUCCACCAUUUUUACACUUUAAUUGCAACUAUCUAACAAUUAAAGCAGUGCAUAGGAUUGUUUAUAGGUUUAAAAUGUAAGCCAUGUCAUUGUUUAGUCUGGGGCGGAAAGUCAACUGGAAAAUACAAUAUUCCUCCUGGACAGUCUCGUUAUAGGAACUCGCAGUCAGAGCUCUCGGGUUUCGAAUCGGGACGGAAAUUUUGGAUGCACGUCAUAGACCAACUCGGAUACAUCCCGCACCAUCAUGCCUGAAAGUAGUACGGCCGAAGUCCUGCUUCUGGAUUUCCUCUAUUGACAGAGUUUUAUCAAAUGGAAGCCUUUCCAUUGAAACUGAGUUUUAGCCAGGUAGCUCAUGAUAUUCAUUAAAUAAAAAGCACAGAGUUUUGGCAGACACACGUGUAUGUACAAAUUCAGGAUCAAGUAAAGCACGUGUAUGUCCGAAUGAUCGUAAGUCUAAUCAGAGUUUGCUGACUCAGCAUAAUUCAGCAUUUAUGUAAGCAAACUUGUCUGUUACAGAACCCAUGUCUCUCAUUACUCAGCAAGGACAUCAGAUGCUUUUUAAAAAUCAAUCAUCUGGCCAUUCGUACUAGAUAUUCUUACAUUGUGACUAUUUGGAAAAACAGAGACAUGCUCUCCUAGCUGCUACUAUCACGUUCAACAUCCAGCGGUGAUCUCACAGGGUUUCUGUGACCUCGAGGUAAAAUGUUUUUAAAUAUGGUGAACUGUAAUUCAUUUUUGUUAACACUGUGAUCCUUUUUCAUUAGCUCUGUAAUUUAAAAAAAAAGAAGAAGAGAACUGAAUCCGAUUUUCGUGUUCAUUUCCCCCUCGUGACAUGGAAAACGAGUACAAGUUAUCAGUACGAGCUUUAGUCAGAAGCCAUGCGUUCUGCAAAGUGAUAAUAUAAUGAGGUACGGAAGAGAGUUUCAACUUCUGGAGGACUCAAUUUCUGUACACCUAUUCGAAUUAGUGGCUUUUAAACACACGCAGAUUCGGCUUGUUAUGUAAUUAUACGAUGUAAUAAACUUAGAAUAGUAAUUAACCAGAAGCUAAAUCCCAGUAUGCUUUCAAGGGCUUAGUAGAUUAUCGACAUAUUAAUCAUGGCACAAAUUCUGUCUGUCUGUUGAGUCAUUUUUUUGGGAAUAUUAUACACUUUAUUGUCACCUGUGUGCCUGAUACACACAUUGCCAUGUCGGUGUCACUGCUGUGCUAUAAAUGAUAAUGAGCUUGGUUUUGUAACCUGUAGGCUCCUCAUUGUGAAUAACUAUAGGUUAUUUUGGUCAUGAAAAAUGAAGGUUAAUAAAUGCGAAACAGUCCAAA